UAUACUAAACGUACCUGUCCGUGAAGAUUGGUAAAAAAGAAGCAGCAGAGUAUCAGAGUCAACCGGAGAUGCUCCGUCAUGGUCAUCAUUUCUCCGUCUUCGCCUUCGAAUUUUGAAGUACAGAGGAUGAAGCGAUUCUCCUCCGUCGUCGAAUGGAAGGAAGCGACAGUUUUGGCCUCAGUUUCCGUUUCCGACGACUCUGUUUAAAGACGAAGGAAGGACUCCAACCCCAUAUAUAGCAGAAAGGGAUAUCGAAAUAGAGAUAGUAGAAGUUUGUCUCCCAUGGAGAAGAGGUUGCGUUCAUCUCUUGAAUCCUCGGCGGGAGAAUUCGUCUCGUCUGCUGUAAAACUAAGCCUCAAGUCAUCAAAGCACGCGCUCAAAACCCUAAUUCAUGGCGUAAAGUCUUCUUCAGAUCUUUCCUCCUCUAUUCCUCUAGCCCUCCAACUUUCUGUUUCUCGUGCAAUUGAAACUUUUCGGAAUCUUCUAGGCACCAGUUUCACGAACUCUAAUCCACAAUUCAACUCUAGUCCCUCCAAGUCCCCGCAGUCUCCUCCCACUAAACGUCUGCGACGAUCUUUGCGCCAUUCCAAAACUCGGGAAUUUGAAGAUUUAGAAAGUGGUGAAUCCAAUUCGAACUUACGAAAGGAGAAAGUUCUGGCAGAGCUCGAAAUUUUGUCGUACCUUGUGUUCUUGUGCAUUUCGCACCCUAAAAGAGUAUUUUCUCUGAUCGAUUUACUGCCGUGCGCUCGGGAGUUGCACGAUAAUUUGGUUAUAUUAGAGUCGAAUUCCGUAUUGUCAACGGAGAUUGCAAAUUUGUGCGAGGAAUGGUGGAAGGAGGACUUGCCGGGGCGAGAAUCACUGAUCUCUCUGUCCCUCCCUUUCCUGCUCUCUAGAUCGUUGACGCUAAAGAAGAAGGGGGAUGUGCACAAGGUUUAUAUGCUUCGUGAGGCAUUUUCCUUGUUUGAUUUUGAAGACGAGAGUAUCAAAGAUUUGAAACUUUUGCUAAUUCGUUGCGUUAUUUCACCUCUGUAUUUGAAAACCGAGGAUGGUCGUCGGUUCCUGGCAUAUACGUUUGGCUUAAGUCGGCAGCUACUGAAGGAAGCGUUGGCAAUUAUCCGAUCCCAAAUUCCAUUUGGAAGAAAAUCUAUGUUGGAGGGGUACGGAGACAUCGUGUUUCGUGCUUGGCGGAAUUCUGAAGGAGAUAUAAGAGAUGAAAUGGAAAAUGGUUUUUUGCAGGGUCUGGUGGAGGUUGCCAUACAUGCGAGCACAAGUGCGUUUAGUGCUUCCAUUAGAAGGGUUUUAGGAGCGUUUGUAGACCAGCGAACUGUCGACGGUGUUGAGAAGCUUCUUUUCCGUCUAACUGAGCCUGUGAUAUUUCGAUCGCUGCAGGUUGCAAAUUCAAAUGUUCGUCAAAACUCAUUGCACCUACUUUUGGAUGUGUUUCCUCUGGAAAACCCAGAUGCUACAAAAGAGCUAAAGGACACAUUGCUCGAGAAACAGUUCUUUUUAAUAGAGAAGCUUCUCAUGGAUGAAUGUUCUGAUGUGAGAGUCGUAGCAGUUGAAGGUUGUUGUCGCAUUCUUUAUUUAUUUUGGGAAAUAAUCCCUUCAUCGACCAUCACAAAGAUCAUUACCAAAAUUUUUGAUGAAAUGUCGCGUGAUAUAUCCAAUGAAGUCAGGCUUUCAACAUUGAAUGGCAUAAUCUAUUUGUUUGGAAACCCUCAAUCCCAUGAGAUUCUUAAAGUGAUCUUACCAAGGUUGGGGCAUUUGAUGCUGGAUAAUGCGCUUUCGGUAAGAGUAGCUCUAGCAGAUAUCCUCCUCCUUAUCAGGGAUGUUCGUGAUUUCCAGUUUAAUAAGGUGGUCAGUUUAGAUGUAUUGUUAACGGUACUCGCACAUGAUCAACCCAUUAUUAGCCAGAAAAUUACUAGAUUGCUGAUACCUUCGUAUUUUCCCACCAAAGUAUCAAUUGAAGAGGCAUGCAGUCGCUGCAUAACACUUAUAAAGCGGUCUCCCAUGGCUGGAGCAAGAUUUUGUGAAUUUGCUGCGUCAGAAGGGGCAUCUCUUAAGUCAAUUAAGGAGCUUGUUCAAGCAUUAAUCAAUUUGGUUUCGUCCUCUGCCAAGCUGGAUGAAAAUUACAUUGAUGGCUUACUUCUUUCAGCCAAAUACCUCUGCAACAGCAUUUCUAGUGAACUUUGUUAUAAGAACGAUCUCAAAGAUUUGUUCACCGGUGAAAAAUUGAAGUGCUUGCUCUCUGUAGCACAUUCUGGGCGUGCACGAUCUUCUUUAUUCGACAUUGUGUCCAUGUUCUCUCCCGAUGAUCUUACGGAUCUCCUUGAGGAGUGUAUGCAAUUAAUUACUAACUGUAGUGGUUUGUCGGGUGACUUAGCAAAGCAAGCUGAAGUGAGGUCUGGCCAUAAGUUUUUCCAGGCUUGUGAUGCACUGGAUGUUAUGUUCGAAGCCAUGACAUUGUUACUACAGAAAUCUGCUUAUCGUUGUCACAUUAGAUUUGGUACUGAGAUACCAAAGUUGAGUGUUUCCCCUGCAAAGAGAAAGAGAUGCAAAUUAUCAGGGAAAGUACUAUCUAAAUUAAAGCGUUUUGGUGGAAAAAAGUGUAUGAGCUUUGAAGGCGACUACCUUGUUGCAGUAGGAAUAUCGUGGCAAGUUAAAGAUUUGGUUUCAGAUGAAAAAAUGAAGAGUGCUUUAUUGAGUUCUCAGACUAUAGAGACCAUAUUUCUUACUUUAAAAGUUAUCUGUGAAGUAAGUAUUGUGGAAUGCGUUGAUUACGAGUUUAUGGAUGUAUCUCCCGUUCUAGCAUAUACAUCUCUUGCUUUGCACAUGGCGCUAAAGAAGUGUUGCAGCAAAAAUAGUACGAGUAAUAGUGGAACCAAGAACAAAAUUGUCACAGAUUCUUCUAGUUCAGAGGCAAUAUUGGAGCAGACGCUUGAUCACUUGCUUAACUGCGUUAAGAAACUGUACGAGUCAGAGGACCCUAGAAAACCUGAUGAAGCUAAGCGAGGUGUCAGAAAAUUGUCUCAACAUGUAGAAAAAAAGCUGAAGGAAUCUGGGAGAAAUCAAUCUCACCCUCUUGAGGGAGGAUGUGUUGAUCCUUUAAAAAAGACGUUGAAGCAGGGGAAGAACCUUACAGCUAUCCUCAAGUUCAUUGUUGAUUCUAUUUCCAUGGGCUUUCUUUCAGAAAAGUAUGAAUUGUGCUUGAAAUUUGCUUCAGAGUAUAUGCAACUCAUCACGUCGAUUUUAGGCCAACAAGUUUAUAAAGAUAUUCAGUUCGAGAUGGAAACGAAAGAAUUUUUCCUCUGUCUAAAGUGCUCAUUAACCUAUGCUGCCAAGUUAUUGAAUCAAGUGUUAAGACAUGUGAAAGAUUCAUCGUUGACGCAGAUUCCUAUUCUUGGCCAUAAUUUGCUUGAUUUGAUAGCCUUAGUUGAAGUACAUUUGGGGUCUGGUUAUGCAGCACGUCUUGUUGCGGUGGCAAAGUCUUGGCUUCCUGAUCUGAUUUUGGCUUUAGGAGCUGAUUGCAUAAUAAAACCUGUUGAAGGAGAGGAGGCGCACAUGUACUUCUUUGAGCAAGCCAAAAUUAAUUUUCCCCCAUGGAUAUCAAUGGUUGCAAAGAUCGAACUUCUCAAUUUGAAUGAAGAUUCUACCGAGGAGGACGAUGACAGAUCUCUAGACCAACAUAAAUUUUCCAUAUUUAAGAAAUUUCUGAAGAUGACUAUCACAUUUUUAGAAAGAGAUCACCACAUCUUGGAUGCAGUUGGAGCGAUUUUUAUGAUUGGCUCAGAAAUUGGGUUGGAAACAAAGGACUUUGGGCUGGUAUUGGGACUUCUACAGUUCGUGUGCCGAAGCCUGUACAGUGCUGACGACAGAGAGUGGGGUGAUAUUAUGUUGGCUUCUUUGCAACGUUGUUACCCUCAGAUAGAGAAAGAAUUAUCACAAUGUAAUGGAGAUGAACGUCAUCAGUUGGAUAGGGCAAAGGCUUUGCUUGAACCCAUAUGGUUGUACCAUAUUUUCGAAACUGGUAAAGUUUUCGAUGAUGAAUGAGUAGACAAACCUCAUGUUAUUACA